AUGCUGCAGAAGAGCCAUCUUCUUAUGCACCGAAUUUUGGUUUUUGGAGUUGCAGAAGACUUCUUUAGGGAUCUACAAGAAGAAUUCAAGAACUGGGAGGCAAGUGCUGCUUCACAAGGAAAGCCAAAGAGCUUGUGGGAGGAAUUGGCGGACAUUGGGGAAGAAUUUGUUGAAUUCUUAGAGAAAGAGCUGAACAUCACCGAUGCUGAGGUUGAAACAGAAAAAGAUAAUGAUUGUGCAUUUAAAAGUUGUGAAAGUGAGGAAAGGGCAAGUGGUAGUCAAACUGGAGCUGCGAAGGCAAGCAAUAUUGAGGAAGACAUUGAUGAGAUUGAAGCCACCCUUGCUCAAUUGAAGAAGGAACUGGCCUAUGAAAGGAAAUGUUCUUCAAGUUUGUUGUUGGUUGAGAGAUAG